GUGGGUUGGGUCCAUGUGUUGUAGACGUGGUCCACUGGGUAGAUCACAGUUAGCGCUGCAGGUCAGACGACCAAGCGAUCAUAUCUGUCUCAAUGCGCAUUUAACACAUUUAUGAAGAAUCUUCCACAAUCAGAGGCGCAAAUAUGCUGGACUUCGUCAUAUUUGCGGUGACGUUUGUUGUGAUCUUGGUCGGUGCUGUUUUGUAUUUGUAUCCGUCUUCAAGGUGUGCCUCAGGUGUACCUGGCCUGAACCCCACUGAGGAGAAAGAUGGGAACCUUCAGGACAUCGUGAACAAGGGAAGCCUGCAUGAGUUCCUGGUGGGUCUCCAUGAACAGUUUGGCUCAGUGGCAUCUUUCUGGUUUGGCCGGAGGCCGGUGGUCAGCCUUGGCUCUGUCGAUCAGCUGCGACAGCACAUCAACCCCAACCGCACCACGGAUUCCUUUGAAACGAUGCUCAAAUCGUUGCUUGGUUACCAGUCUGGAACAGGCAUGGCGGUCACAGAAGCACUGAUGAGGAAGAAGGUGUAUGAAGGAGCUAUUAACAAAACACUGGACAAGAACUUUCCUCUUCUGCUCAAGCUGGUUGAAGAGUUGGUCGGAAAAUGGGAGUCGUAUCCGGAGUCACAGCACACGCCCAUCUGCGCUCACCUGCUGGGAUUGGCCAUGAAGGCUGUCACUCAGAUGGCCAUGGGCGCUCGCUUUGCGGAUGAUGCUGAAGUCAUACGCUUCCGCAAGAACCAUGAGGCUAUCUGGUCAGAGAUCGGUAAAGGUUUUCUGGAUGGUUCUCUGGAGAAGAGCUACAGCAGAAAGGCCUGCUAUGCGAGUGCACUGGCUGAGAUGGAAUCUGUGUUGAAGUCUGUUAUUAAAGAGAACAGUGGACGUGGUUCUAACCAGUUAACCUUCAUGGACUCUUUACUGCAGGCCAAACUGUCAGAGAGACAGAUCAUGGAAGAAAGCAUGGUGUUCACCUUGGCUGGCUGUGUCAUCACUGCCAAUCUGUGCAUCUGGGCCGUGCACUUUCUCUCCGUCUCGGAGACAGUGCAGGAGAAACUGCACCAGGAAUUAACAGAUGUGCUCGGGGAUGAGCCUGUCUCCUUGGACAAGAUUCCCCAGCUCAGGUACUGUCAGCAGGUGUUGAGCGAGACGGUACGCGCUGCCAAACUAACCCCAAUUGCCGCCAGACUGCAGGAGGUGGAAGGAAAGGUGGAUGGGCACGUCAUUCCUAAAGAGACUUUGGUCAUCUAUGCUCUGGGCGUGGUGCUUCAAGAUGCAGACACGUGGACGUUACCGUACAGGUUUGAUCCAGAUAGAUUUACUGAUGAAUCGGUUAUGAAGAGCUUCUCUCUUUUGGGCUUUUCGGGAAAUCAGGCCUGCCCUGAACUUAGAUUUGCAUACACUGUGGCUGCAGUCCUGCUGAGUGCACUGGUGCAGAAGCUACGUCUGCACAGGGUGGAGGGCCAAGUGGUGGAAUCUAGGUAUGAGCUUGUGACCAGACCCAAGGACGACACCUGGAUCACAGUUAGCAAGAGGAACUGACCCAGCAGACCUCGGCCUCACCUGCACCCCAAAGGGUUAACUUUUGACACGCUCCUGACCAUAAAGCCCUGCGCAUAAUGCCCUUGUGUCUCUUUACAGACUUGCUUGAGUAAUGGAUCUGUUGAUCAUAACGUCGGCAGUGAACGGUGUCGCUAUUCAAAGGACAGUCCAAAAUGAUUUAAAAUACCUUAGAAUGUUAUGUUAUUGGCGAUCAGAACUCUUUUUACAAUAACAGUGAUUCGUGUAGCGCUUUCACAUACAUUCCCCUUUAGGGGAAAGCAUUUUGCUAAUAAAAAAGACUUCAGUCAUGAUCCA